GCCUCCCGGCAAGCAGAGAUUGCUGCUGCACUGAAAGCACGAGAGGAGCGCUUGGCCGCAGAAAACGCGCAGAAGGCCAAGGACAAGGAACGCCGUGCGGCGAAGGCCGCACAACAAGACGGAAAAAACGACAAGGACCAGGAGGAGCCAAUGACUCAGACCAGUGAAUUGAAAAAUGAAGCAGACAACACCAAGGACAAAGCCACAGAGAUGGAAGUUGAAAAAGAGACGCUUGCAGCGGAGAAAGCGGAGGUUCAAGAUGUGAAUUCUGAAAACAACGAGCACAAACAGGAGAAAAAUGAUGUGACAGAAAAGGAGGCUGGGAAGGAAAAGGAGAAGGAUCAGAAAGAGAAGGAAAAGAAGGACAAGGAACAUGCCAAGGAGAAGGAGAAAAAGGAUAGUGAGAAGGAGAAGGGAAAGGCAAAAGAGAAGGAGAAGGCGAAAGAGAAGGAAAAGGAGAAGGAGAAGGUGAAAGAGAAGGAAAAGGAAAAAGAGAAGGACAAAAAGGAGAAGAAAAACAAGGAGUCGGAGAACGACAAGGAGAGGCUGAAAGAGAAGAAGGAGAAGGAGAAGGAGAAAGAGAAAGAGAAAGAAAAAGAGAAAGAGAGAGAGAAGGAAAAAAAGGCCGAGAAGGAAGAUGACAAGGAUAGAGGUAAAGAGAAACGAAAAGAGAAGGAAAAGGACAAAGAGAGAUCCCGCUCGAGAGACCAAAAGGACAGAUCCAGGAAAAGAUCCAGAUCCAGAUCAAAAGGUCGGGAGAAGGAUGCCAAGCGCAAAGACAAGGAGAAAGAGAAGAGGAAAAGAAGCGGUAGCUCGCGUUCCUCUCGAGCGAAGAAGAAAGAUAAGGAGAAAGAGAAGAGGAAGAGAAGCGGUAGCUCUCGUUCCUCUCGAGCAAAGAAGAAAGAGAAGGAGAAAGAGAAGAGGAAGAGAAGCGGUAGCUCUCGUUCCUCUCGAGCAAAGAAGAAAGAGAAGGAGAAAGAGAAGAGGAAGAGAAGCGAGAGCUCUCGUUCCUCAGCAAAAAAGAAAGACAAGGAGAGGGGAAGAGCAAAGGAAAAAGAGAAAGAGAAAAGGAGAAAAAGUAGCAUCUCUGAAGCUCCAUCGAAGAAGGAAAAGAAGAACAAGAGGAGGAGGAGCUCGUCGUGAGCGCGGCCGGAAAAAAAAA